CUUCUCCAGAGGAUCGACAGGCCCUGUGUGGUUGGCACACUUCCCCGUAUCUGUCCCGUUGUAACCCAGAUCUUCACUGAUGCGAUCCCACAGAUUUUAGAUUGACGAUGGCAUCCGACAAUCUCCCGUCUGAGUUCGAUGUCGUCAUCCUCGGCACUGGCCUCACAGAGUCCAUCGUCGCCUCGGCCUGUUCGAGAGUGGGCCAGAGGGUCCUGCACGUGGACCGCAGGAACUACUACUCCAGCAAAUGGGCCGGCUUCAACUUCAACAGCCUGCUGUCCUGGAUCGAGGAGCACAAGGCCCAACCGGGCUCUCAGAGCAAAGAGGAGGAGGAGGAGGAGGUGGAGUGGAGGAGUAAAGUGGAGGAUGGGGAAGAGGCUUUGCCUAUCAGCGCUGACGAGUCCUUCAUUAGUGACUUAGAGGUGUUCUGCUAUGCAAGUUUAGAGGAGGAAGAGGAAGAGGAGGAGGAGAAGGAGGUGGCGAAAGAAGAUAAGCAACUGACUGAAACUGCACCUCCUUCUGCAGAGGAAACGAAGGGGGAGGAGGAGGAGGGCGUUGUCAGUCCUGACGGCACACAGGAAACCUCAACCGGCAGUGAAACUCAGCAGUGCAGCCAGAACAACGAGGCCUCCGAGACGCAAGAGGAGGAAGGAACUGCCAAGCAAGAGGCCACCCAAUCAGGUGACGCAGAGGAAAAAGAUGAACAGCAGCAGCAACAACAACAGGAGGAGGACAAAAGCACAAAGGAGGAGGAGAAGAAGAAGAAGAAGAAAAAGAUCACCUACCCCACUCUGCUGAAGGAGGGCCGGCGGUUCAACAUCGACCUGGUCUCCAAGCUCAUCUACUCGCGCGGCAGCCUGGUCGACCUCCUGAUCCAGUCCAAGGUCAGCCGCUACACCGAGUUCAAGAUCGCCACGCGCGUCCUGACCUACCGGGCGGGACGCGUGGAGCAGGUGCCCUGCUCGCGCGCCGACGUGUUCGCCAGCAAGCAGCUCACCAUGGUGGAGAAGCGCAUGCUCAUGAAGUUCCUCACCUUCUGCAUGGACUUCGAGAGCCACCCGGAGGAGUACCAGGAUUCGGCCGACUCGCUCUUCUCCGACUUCCUCAAGACCAAGAAGCUGACGGAGAACCUGCAGCAUUUCGUGCUGCACUCCAUCGCCAUGGUGACGAAGGAGAGCUGCCGCACGGCGGACGGCCUGCGGGCCACGCGGCACUUCCUGCAGUGCCUGGGCCGCUACGGCAACACGCCCUUCCUGUUCCCGCUCUACGGCCUGGGCGAGAUCCCGCAGUGCUUCUGCCGCAUGAGCGCCGUCUUCGGCGGCAUCUACUGCCUGCGGCACUCCGUCGCCGCCCUGGUGGUGGACAAGGAGAGCAACCGGUGCAAGGCGGUCAUCGACACGCACGGCCAGCGCAUCGGCUGCACCCACUUUGUGGUGGAGGACGGGUUUAUGGUCGACCAGUGGAAGAAGAAGAAGGAGGACCAGCAGCAGCGUAUAUCCAGGGCCGUCCUCAUCACGGACCGCUCCGUGCUGCCCGCCGACUCGGACCAGCAGAUCUCCCUGCUGACGGUGCCCCCCCUGGAGGCCGGCGGGCCGUCGGUGCGCGUGGUGGAGCUCUGCUCCUCGUCCAUGACCUGCAUGCCUGGCACCUACCUGGUGCACCUCACCUGCGCCUCCAGGGGAACCGCCCGAGCGGACCUGGAGCCACUCGUCACCGACAUGUUCUCCGUGCCCCCCGCUGUUGGUGGAGCCGGUGCUGAGGCGGCGGCCAACGCGGAGGGAGAUGACGGCGGCAAGACGGACGAGAGAAGCGGAGAAGGUCGGCCGACCGUGUUGUGGGCGAUGUACUUUAACAUGCUGGACACCUCCGCGAUGGACCUCGCCGCCGACGCCGACUUGCCCGGCAACGUGCACCUGUGCGCGGGGCCCGACGUGGGCUUGGGUUGCGACUACUCCGUCAAGCUGGCCGAGACGGUCUUCCGGCAAAUUCUGCCGGAAGAGGAGUUCUGCCCGCCCGCCCCGGACCCCGAGGACAUCAUAUACGAAGGAGGAGAGGCCCCCCAGGGGGAGGGCGCGGGCUUCGAGGAAACCCCCAAGACUGAGGGGGGCACCGAGGGUGAGGCUGAGGCUGGUGAGGGCCAACCAGAGUCUGAGAAGGAGACGGCGGAAGAGGAAAGUCCUUCGCAGGAUGCACCUAAGGAGACAGGAGGUCAGGAAGCAGAAGUGGACACUUCUCCAUCUGAAGAGUGAACCUCACACUUCCCACCUGCAUCAUCACCAAUCUAGACCACCCACACAGCCACCCACACCCAGGCCUAAGUUCCCUUUACACUUCCCUCAACAAUGGAGCUCUUUCCCUUAAGACCAGGGGUGGGGAACCGUUUUCAUUCGACGGCUACAUCAAAUUUGAUUAAGUCCUCCAAGGGCCUUACUAUGAACACAAAUCAGGAUCCCCUUGAAGGUGGUCACCUUUACAACAGACCCCUACUUCACUUGGUCCCCUUAAUUGUAUUACAGAUGAAAUGUCUAAUAUUUCUUUACAAAACAUGUAAUAUUUCAUAUGAAACUACAUACCAUUAAAAUCGGGGGCCGGAUAAAACGUCUCUCAAGACAUAGGUUCCCCACCCCUGCUUUAGGCACCAAUGGCCAAAGUCUUACCAAUGGCCCACCUUCCCAGUCAUCCAUCACCAGGCUCCCCACACACGCCCUCAUCAACAGAGCUCUUCCCCUUUAGACACCUACCUGUCACCUACCAAACCCCUAGUCCCAGGCCCAAGUUCUCCACACACUCCCCUCACCAACUGAGCUUUUUCUCCCAAACACCAGGCUGGCAUCAUGACAAGGCACGUGACCAACACGCAAGUACAUACUGUACAUACAAGUACAUACUGUACAAACUGGGCAAGGCUGCUGAAAAGCAGUUUUCCCCCAAAACCAUCCCUAACCAUAACCUGUCAACAAAGCAACUUUUAUACAGCUUGACUUUCGCCAACAACAACAACGAAACAACAAGGAACGAAAAAUUGUGCCCAGACCAAAACCACCCCUAACGCUAACCUGUCACAGGGCAUUGUAGAGCACGGGCAAAGAUGCAAAAUCAUGGUGUACACAAAGUUCAAACCGGCGUUGUAUUUGUACGCAUUGUCAUGGUGCCAUGUUACAAACACCCACCUGCUGUCUCACCUAACUAAGCCCCCACUAGUCACCCAUCAUCAGCCCCACACACACACACUUCCCUCAACAACCAAGCCCGAACAUAUGAAUAACAUCAUUGAGCCUGUUUAUAUUGCCACAAUAAUCGGAUUAUUGGAAUAAACAGGUUAUUGGAGUAAACUGUUUAUUGCUGUUAACAUGCAGUCUGUCGGUUACCCGUGUUCUAUUCAAGUGUGUGACACGGAGCUAGAAUUUAAGGCUUGUGAUUGGCUACUUAUCAUUCUCUAUUGUCAAGAACCUGAUAAUAACCCGAUUAUGCUGGAUACACGUCUUAAAAAAUAAUUUCAUUACCCAAAAACCCACCUGUGAAUCGUAUUUCUCAUAAACCGAUAACUGCAAUAAACCGAUUAUUGUGAACAGUUUGUUCAGUUUACAUCAGCACAUGAAUAAACCGGUUACUCCAAAAACCUGAUCAUAAACGGUUUAUUGAUGUGCAUAUAAUCGGGCUCAUAGACACAAGAAAGCACAGGCCAGUUAUGACCUCGAGCUGUCUUCAGAGUAAUAUAAUAACACAGUACAAAAAGAUGGUACCUAUGUAAAGGUAAUAAAUAUAUUAUAUACUGUUAUAUUCCAAAUGUGUCACUACAUGUGACAAUAAUAAAGCUUGUACCACACUGUGCAUAGUAGACAUUCAAGUUAGACGCUUCAUCAUGCACAAGAAGGUCUAAUACUCAGUAUUUGACGUGACCCUAGACUGACUCGAUGGAGAGAGUUUAUUUAAAAUGCCACAGAUUACUCAUUGGCAAUUGAGGAUGCAAUGAUUGAGUAUUUGAGAUGGUCGUAAAGUCUGCAGUCUACAAAAGGGUCUUAACUUUGAAUGUUUUGUUUUUAUUAUUAUUUCUAUGUGUUUUGUAUUUGUGUCUUCUUAUUAAUGUUCAUAUUUAAUAAUUAUCAGAGGGCCUUUGUGCUUUGUUUACAGUGCUUAUUUGUUCUCAGCUCGUUGGAGUUUUUCUUUGUUUUGAUUUGUUUUUCUUCCGCCACACCUUGGUGCCUGGUGUUGUCAUGGACAACUGAUCUUAAAAUCUCCAAUUUCCCCGUCAGCUUCUGUGCCUGUAUCAGUAAACUUUCAGUGAAAUGGUCAGGUAGGACAUUUUCGUUUUCCUGCCAUACCUUUUGGCAUUUUCACAAUGUCAACUCAUAAUGGCUGUCAUUUUGUUGCUCCUGCUCUUAUUAAACGAGCAAACAUACGUAACCAUGACCUAACAAAAAAAAACAGAAAGAGACCUAAAAAGAAUAAUUCGUUAUUCAAGGUUUUUCAUCUUCUUGUGGUUGAACCUUGUCGUAAAAGUUUAUGGCUCAUUCAGUUGAGCUGACGCUAGGUAAGGCCUGCCACAAGUCUGUUCAGGUUAUGACUUGCGGUUUGUAAAGAAUCCCUUAGGGCCGGUGACAGCUUUGACUGGGCCCGGCACCAGAUCACCUGAGGGAGCCCUCCUCUCAAUGCCUACAAAACCGUAAGGAAAUUAGAACCCAAUUCUUGGCUCCCCCUCUCCCUGGGCCCAGCACAACUGACCUUUUUGUCCCCCUCUGUUGCCGGGCCUGACUUAGCCCAUAGGCUUGUUGCGGCUGAACGGAAUCUGCUCAUCUGUGAGAAAAUGUUUCUGUAAGACGUCUUUGUAAUUUUUUUUGUCAGUAAUUCGUUUGUGGGUUUAAAAAAAGCAUUAAAAAGAUAUGUCACCUUUUGAUGUUUCGGAGAGGCCUAUAAAUCCAUCAGGAAACAAGAAAGAUGCCUUCUGUCUUUGAUGGUGAACUGCUCCUCCAACUGAAGUUGUCGUCGUUUCCCAAGAUGAACUCUCACAUUAGCACACAUUAACAAGGCUCCCGUCAGGCUGAUUUCGUUGUCUUCACCAGCAGAACGCCUUCAUCUGACUCAGCUGGUCAAUGAGUUAAAUUGCAUAAAUUCACUAUUUGUCACCUGCCACCUUCAUUAUUUUCUUUUGUGAAAAAAGGCUGCCAAGAUGCACUGUGCAUUUGCCACAAUAUGUAGCCUAACGUUUAUUCCCUUGAGAUGUAAGGUGAGCUCUGUUGCCUCAGAAUGAAAUGCCGAGAGAGACCAACGUGUUUGUACCAAAUGUGCCCUGUGUGGCAGUGUACUGUAUUUUGUUAGCUCCUGCUGUAUGUCCCAGACGGUGCAUUGCAAACCCAAGGGAACCCGCGGCCAUCACUGUGUAUGUUCAAGACACCUGUUCUCCUCUUUGUAUAUGUUCUCUGCAUGGUCUUCAGUAUUUAUUAUUAUUGUAUGUUUUCAUGGCUGUCAAACAUUAAAGAUCAUCAUAUCUUUACCAUUA